UUUCAGUGCUCUCACUGUUUAAUACCUCUAUCAGAACCAGAACCUUUAAACCCAAAGAGGACCCAGCUGUACCAGGUCUUGUCAUACAACAGCUGUUAUAAUUGGUCAGACCACAGUGUGUCCUCUGUGUGCUUCAGAAGACCACCCCCAGCAAUGGUAACUUCAUAAUUAGAGUUUACUUGUUUGCUUGUGUCUUUCCUUAAAAUAAUAUUCUUGUGUUAAUUACAACUCUGGAGUAGCCUCACCUGUUUUAUCCUUUUCAAAAGUGAAAGUAAGUUCUAAAAACUGAGUUUGAAAAGCUAGUCUGAGAACACAGACCAAUUCCCAGCAUCAUGUCAUGUAAGCUGCAAUUCUCCAGUGACUGGCUUACCUGGUACGUGACAUCAUCUACUCUUGUCUAUAGCUUGAUGAAGUCCUGAUGCUACUGGCCAUAGCCAGUUUCUGGGCAUGGGAAGGAAGCAGGACUACCCUUCUAACUUGAAGGAAAAUGCUUAAUGACAAAGGAUAUGAAACCAAAAAGGCAGUCAGGAAGCAGAACUUAGCAUUUACAGAAGAAAAUUACUAACUUGAAAGAACUGCACUGAGCCCACUAGUUGUUUUCUUUGAGCCCCUGUGGCCAAGGAGUAUGCAUUACUCAUGCCAUGAUCAGAAGUAACAGAACUGCUGCAGACUGCAAAUAGAUUUUUCUCUUGUUUUGUCAGAGUUUAGUUACAAACUGACAUUUUGGGCCAAAAAGUAGAAGUUGAACUUCAGUUCCCUCUCAUACUGAGACAAAUGCAAUUAAAAUAUAUAUAUGUACAUAAAAUUUCCCAGGUACAAAAAAGAUGCAUGAACAAAAAAAAAUCCUUCAGGGGCUGUUUUGCUCUGCACACUUACAAAGGAGUUAAUAAUAUCACUGGACAGAUGGAUAUAAUCCAUCACACAUUUUUUUUUCUUCACAAACACAGAAAGGCACAGGGCUGCUCAUUACUGCUUUUAAUUCUAACCCCCCAACCCCCCCCCAGCUGUUACUGGAAUUUUUUGAAUGAGCCUCUUGAAUCCUGGUGUGCUAAUCAUUGAACAGGAGGCAAAAGUGCAGCCUUAGAGUAAUGAAUGAAAAGGAAUAAAGUUACCAUAUCCUGUAAAAGCUAAGUUUGGAAUGCGAGAGGCUGGCAGAGCAACCCCUCACAUCAGGACCACCCUCUGCCCCUUCCCAUUCAUUAACACAGCGCCAGCUCUUUGCUAAGUAACAGCCUUGCCUAAAAAUAAAUAAAAUAAAAAGAUCCCUUAUAAGGAAGCAUUCUGUGAAAGUCAACCCCUGCUGUUUUCUACAUGCCCAUUCCAUUCCCUUGAAGGAACAACAGUUUCAACACGCAUUGCCCUUAUCCUUUCUCCAUUCUUAACUUCUGCACCAGUUGUUGGCCAAAAAUAAACACCAUUCCACAACCAUAUAUGAGCAACAGCAUUCUGGUGUUCCCAACGCCUUCCAGCACUGCCAUCAUUCCAAUGCCAGCAGACUGUCAGCUCCUGAGCACGCUGCAAGGGCUAUGCACAUAACCCAGCUGAAUCGGGAAUGCCUCCUGCAUCUCUUUUCCUUUCUGGACAAAAACAGCAGGAAAAGUUUAGCAAAAACAUGUCAUAAAUUGCUAGAAGUGUUUCAAGAUCCUGUGCUUUGGUCUUUACUGAACUUUAAUUCUCCAGUGGAACUACAGAAGCGUAACUUUCUCCUGGGACCUGCUUUAAAAUACUUGUCCAUCUGCUGGUAUUCAGAGAGAGUCAAGGUGUGUAACAUUGAGGACUGGAUGAAAAACAAUUUCCAGAAAGACUUCUGUAGCAGGCAUGAGAACACUGUCACUGAUUUUUUACUAGAAGUUGGCAACAGAUGUCCCAACCUGCUAUCUCUGACCCUCUCAGGAUGCGGCCACGUUACAGAUGAUUGCCUUUUGCUUCUCCUCAAGAACUGCCCAAGCCUCAGGACACUCAAACUGGAAAACUGCGCGCGGAUCACUGACCGGACGCUGGAAGCAGCAAUCCUCUAUGGGGGAUCACUGCAAACACUGCACGUGGAUUUCUGCCGGAACAUAACACAGAGCGGGCUGCAGAGAGUUCAGGAAAAACGUCCCUCAGUAACACUGAGAGCAGAGAGAAGUGCUAACAUGAUUCCAGACAGUAAGCCGGAAAAAAAGUUGGUGGUUGAAAAAUUGGCCAGAAAAAUGGCUCUGCUUUAAGUCAUAAGGAUGGCUGAUUUCCACUUACCUCUGGUGUGGCGCUACUUCAACUACCUGUAGGUAAUCUGCGCUCUGGUUUAAGUCCAAAUAAAUGGCUGAAUGUUUUGUAAAAGCUUCACUGGAAAAAGGCAUGAGUUUUCACACCUUUUAAAGGAAGAACACCUCUGCUUUUGCUGUUCCUUGAAACUGGAAAAAUCGUGUUUGUGUCACAUAAUGCAGCACUUAAUCAGUCAAGUCUAAAAAUGUGAAUUGGAGAAAAGCAACAACCAGAAGACCCUUCAAAUUUUCAUUAUGACAACACAGAUUGUUUUGGCAGUAAGGUACAAAAAGGAAUUAAACUAAGUCGUCAAACACAGUAAAACUUCACUUACCAGCAAUCAUGCUCUGUUCAUCACCAAGUCAAAAAAAAGGGUUACAUCACAGAUAUAAAUCAAAUUUCCAGACCUGAACCAAUCAUUUGUUCACCUUUUCUCUGGAGAACGCUACUGCUCAGUAUCACAUUCUGCUCUUAUCAGUCCCCUCUAAGCACGACAGACACCUGUACUGCUGCACUGCAGGGCAGGUGGCUGAGCCACCUCUAUUUACAUUUAGCAUUUAAUGCUUUAAGCAUAUUGUGUUCCAUACUGCGUUGAUCUGCAAAGGAACUGAACAAACACACUGUCACACACCUGUUCCUACCUCCAAUAGGCGUUUCUUAUCACUGCUACAGUCAAACGCAUUUCAUCCAGUGCAAAAAAGCAGAAGGGAAAUGGUGAUGCUUUCAGACAGCUCACAGCCUACCCUGCUGCAGCAACUCUGUCAUUAGCAAGUUACAAGACUGAGCUGCAUGCAUUUUUUAUUGUAUGUGUAUGUGUGUAUGCCUAUAUAUAGUUAUAGAUGACUUAAACUACAAGAAUGCAGAUACACACUGGUAAUAUUUACUUUUCUUCUUCUAUAUAAACGUGUUUGUAUAUGUAAAAUACUCUUAAACUGACAUAAACUUAUGAUUUUCUCAGACUAUCUCCAAUGGACAGCAGAACUGAGCCAGAGCAUUCUUUACCUUCAAAUGCAAUUACAUCUGAGAAGCACUAUGCAGUAAGAGUGAGCACAAUUCCAGUCUGACUUUGAUGUCUGAGCAACUGAAAAAAAGCCAAACAGCAGAUUGAAAGGAAUGCGUGCACAAUGCCAUGAUAGUGAAAACAAACAGCUGGAUAAAAUAAAAAUAAGCAGUUAGUUUGAAUCAUGCUAAGAUAGAAUAUGCAAAGGACAAGAGUAGCUUAAAAAGGAAUUGCACUCAACUGUUUAAUGAACAUCUGUAUUUACAAACAUCAGCAUCCCCUUUUACUUAAUUGCAAAUUGUCUCCAAAAAUACCCUCAUUAUCCAAGAGCCAAAACACACAGUCUGUGCAAAACUGAAUUCUCAGGUACAGUUCUAUUACCUUCUGUAUCUGACUGAACACGCGGGCAAAAUGAUGAAGGAUUAAUGACAUAAAGGAAAUCUGUCUGAUUUGAAACAUGAAGCAGCAGGAAACUACACCUGCCUGACCUCAGAGCCCUGGCCCUCUGUCUCCCAGCACUGUUAAAGGCUGUCUACAGCCUGGUUCUUGCUUGUUGCUGAAGAACCUUUUGCCUUCUUCAUGAGCCAACAGCAAGAAACAACGUCACCAGAUACAACCUGGAGCUGAAAUUCUUUACAAUUCUUUACUCAGCCCUUUGAGCACCAUCAGCUGCCACCAACACACCAGUUAGUCUUGGACAACUGGGAAGUUUCCCUGAUAAUCCCUGCUAACCUACAGCAAUCACAAGCAAUAGGAAUGUCUGUCUUCUUCUCCAGACUCAGACCAGUCGUGUACCAGGGGAGUUGAGGUUAAUGAAUUUUCUCCCCCGCCAUGAGGCCCCACAACACUCUUAUCAAGGGAUUCCAGUGGGAAGGAGGGGAAAUCAGGCCAGGGCAGCAGAGAAGCACACCCUUCUCUUCAGCCCGGUGACGUGUUCCUGAGCACAAACAGCAUUUGCAGCAGGGCACAAAUUAUGGUUGUGGUAUGGAGACCAAAGAGGAUCAUCUUCCACAGCACUUCCCUAAGAUGCAAAUAAAAGUUUCUUUGUAAUAGUACAUUACUUCCCUAGCCAAGUACGAAUGUUACUGAAUACUGCUGAUUAUAACACAAUUACAGCUGCAGGAGAUACCAAACACAUGUGGUUUACUAAAAUCAAAGGCAGAUACUUGGAAUGUAUAUAAAA